UUUUCUAACACAUUUGUGAAAAUAUAUGUAGCCGUUUUGACCGACCAAUGAGGGAGUCGCUUUUGACGUCAACUACACACUGGCACACCUCCGUGUCAUCGCGCCUGUUUAAUUAUUCACGAGAAGAGAGCGCAACAAACCUAUCCGCAUCCAAAAAACCAGUGUAUCGUGUGAAUAUUAAAACACACUCUCCUGUAACUAACUGGAAAAUUGGGUCAAACACAGAAGUAGAGUCUGAAAAGAAAGGGUGUAAACUGAUUUCAGAUUAGAUUUUUUAGCACAUAAGGUAUUGAAGACAUUAUUAUCAUUUUCCUGAUUUAACUAAGUUAACGUUAGGGAUUUCAAGUUAUCUUUAAAGUUACGCUAUUCUUACGCGCGGUACGACAGCAUCGGUCAAAAUGGACGUGGACCCUGUUUCCGUCUCAAUAGACGCGGGCUCUGAUGCGCCUUCUCCUGCCUUUCCAGUAGUUUUAAAGAAAAUCAUGGAAAUUCCGCCACCGAAUCUUCUCGAAGGCGAUGACGAAAAUGAUAAAGAGAAAAUCUUUGAGGAUGUGGACUCUGAAGGGGUCAGUGGAAUGGGACCAUCAGCUGCCUUAACACCUGCCAUCUGGGAAAAGACCAUUCCCUAUGAUGGCGAGACCUUCCACCUGGAAUACAUGGAUCUGGAGGAGUUUCUCAUGGAGAAUGGCAUUCUUGCCGCAGGGGAUGAGGGUCUGCAAAAGAAUCUUGCGAAAGAAAACGCACAACUGACAACUAAAAUAUCAUCCACAACCUCUACAAGCAAGACAGCCCCAGCAAUCUCUCUUAUGCCAGUCAUGGAACUGGAUCAGUGUGAGGAGGAAGUGGUCACAAUCACGGAAUUCAGCUCUAGCUCAACAGACACCGAAUCAGAUGAGGAGCGUGUGACGCCAGAGCCCAUUAAUCCAGAUGUUAUCGAGGUAGAGGUCCCCUAUGAGCCAGAUCCCACAGACCUUGUGCUGUCCAGCAUACCCGGAGGUGAACUGUUCGACCCUCGCAAACAUCGUUUCUCCGAGGAGGAGCUGAAGCCUCAGCCUAUGAUCAAGAAAGCAAAGAAAGUGUUUGUGCCUGAGGAACAUAAGGACGAGAAAUACUGGCAGCGGAGGAAGAAGAACAACAUUGCAGCCAAACGUUCACGAGAUGCCAGGCGCCUAAAAGAGAAUCAGAUCACAGUACGAGCAGCCUUUCUGGAGCGAGAGAACUCCGCUUUGAGACAGGAAGUGGCAGAGUUGCGCAAGGACUUUGGGCACUUCAAGAACGUUGUGGCACGCUAUGAAGCCAAAUACGGACCGCUUGCACCGGCUGAAGACUUCUAAACAAUUAUUGAUUUAUUUGCAUUUAUGAAAGGCAAUAAAUUAAUAAUGGUGUGGAAUGAAGAGGAGAAAACAGGAGAUAAAUGAAUAUAUGAUUCAAACUGUAGAGCUAAGUGAUAUUCAUGUUUUUAAAAAAUCCUGUCAAGCACUAUUAUCAACAUGUCCCCUUCAUUUUAAUCUUACUUCAGUUCAAAAGCACACCCAUGUAUAUCCAAUAGAGCUUUUAAAGUCUUUUUUUUUUUUGUAAUGGACCAAGGUAAAAGAGUUCUUCCCUCUCUUGUUCUUGUUUUAUGGCAAGUUUUAUAAUAUCAAAGUAGUUUUAGGAAAUGUUUAUUGGAUGUCAUUGGUCUUUAUUCAUAAAGAAUGACUGGCAUUGACUUCAAUAUACUUUCUUAUAUAUCUUUAGCAUGUUUAUCUUUGACUUCUCUGAAAAAUUACAUUAAUUCUAAGAAUUCCUUUGGCAAAUUUGGUACAGGGUACCAAGUGGUGCAUUUUGCCUGCAAAAGUAGAAACAAGAUGCCAUUAUUGAAACACGGGGCGAAUGUAUCACAUUAAUAAUGUAUCAUUACAGAUAACUGUUAAAACGGAAACAAAACUGUAAGCAGGAAAUGUAUCAUGUUUUGUGCUGCAAAAUACAUAAUGCUUUUUGUCUUACUGUCAGCAAGUGCUGGAAUUAUGUGCUCUGUACAUCUGCGAAACUUAAAAAAAAUAUUUAGAUCUGGUUUACAUUUAGUGUCUUUCAUAAUAACGUGAGUACAUUCUCUAAAAUCAUACCUUGUUUACUUCACCAUGGUCAUUUGCCCUUUAUGGGACUCAUGGAGGUCAGUUUAUGUACAGAAAUAACACUGUACAUGUGACGGAUCUUGUAUCUGCUUAGAACUUAGAAAAACAAAUGAAGUGCCGUUAUAGUUUUUCAUAUGUAUCAUAUGAUGUAUAUUUUUUCAGAUAGCUUCAAAUAUUUUACAAAAAUGGCUUUGCAGUGUGAACUACACCAUUCAUAGAUCAGAGUCCAUAUGAAUCCGUAAAUGACUUCAGCAGAGCGCUUGUUUAUAUAGGGUGCAUAGUGUGUUACAUAUCACAAACCACUUGAUUAAAGAAAAGAAAGAAGGCAGAGUCAAGUUUCACAAACAGUCAAUAUCGUGUUAUCCGUUCAUUGUGUGAAGUGGAAAUUAGGCUGACUUUUAUUACAAAGUUUAAUUUUGCAGUACUCGCAUGAUGUGACCACAUUUGCCCAUUUUCAGGUGUUUUGUGGAGAGGGAAUCUCAUAUGUAAUAAUGCAAUCUUGACCAAAGCUAACUUUGAACACUGAAAAACACAGAACGACUCCAAAUAAAUCAGGUGUUUAAACUUUGCAUAUUUGUGGUCUGUAGGCGCUUUUUAAAAGUGCACCUACGGUUUGUCAUUUCUCCUUGAGCAUCCUUUCUGAUGAGUGUGAAAUGUGAGAUGAGGGACAAGACAAUAAAAUGGAACCGAGUUUGAUGGCUGUUCUGAAAGGAAUAGUUACUGUUCCUGGCAAGAAGCAUUUCUUCUGUUGAACUAGAAGAAACUCAGUUGCAUGAGUUUGAGAUGCCAAUUUUGUUGCAGUAACAAAUCUGUUUUGUCAGAUUUGAAUGUUUUUCAAAUUGUUACUGUUCUUUUGGGAGGAAUGAAUUCUCUUUGCAAGUCUUAUGAAGGUUUUUUUUAAUUUAUUUUUUUUACUUGUAGAUAUUGUCUCGGCAUCUUGUUGUCAGAUGUUUUGUGUUGCACAUAUUAAAGAAUUCAAAAAUGUG